AACACGCUUGGAACUUGGAGUGAUCGCUUGGACCAAGAGGCAUGGGGUGCAGUGGUAGUUUGGAUCGAGAACAAACUAGAGCCAAACAAACUACCUCCAAUUCCGAUACAUAUUCAGAAAGCAGCAAUCAAUUGACCUUGAUGGUGGAAUCCCUGAGGACUGACUAAUAGUUGAACUACUAAAUUACAUCUGGUGGCUAACGAUCUGUGUGCUGAUGAUGAUCCUCCUGACGUCUUACCUCCUCACAACUUUGUGGACAUCGUGGAGAAUACUUUCUCUGGACUAAGUGGAGACCACCACCCACCACCCCCCUUCCUCUGUUUAAAAAGUGUGAAACAUGCCCUUGCCGUUUGGCUUAAAACUCAAAAGGACUCGAAGGUAUACUGUUUCAAGCAAGAGCUGUCUUGUCACACGGAUUCAGCUUCUCAAUGGAGAGUUUAUUGAGUUUACGCUCUCAGUGGAGAGCACUGGACAGGAAUGUUUGGAGGCAGUAGCCCAGAGACUCGAGUUAAGGGAGAUAACAUACUUCAGCCUGUGGUACUUCAACAAGCAGAACCAGCAGAGAUGGACUGACUUGGAGAAGCCACUGAAGAAGCAGCUGGACAAGUAUGGGGUGGAGCCCACUGUUUACUUUGGAGUCGUGUUUUACAUACCCAGUGUUACCCAGCUGCAGCAGGAGAUCACAAGAUAUCAGUAUUAUCUACAACUGAAGAAAGAUGUUUUAGAGGGCAGGAUAUCAUGUUCACUGGAACAAGCCAUACGUUUGGCCAGCCUGGCAGUGCAAGCUGACUUUGGAGACUUCAAUCGGUAUGAUUCCCAGGAGUUCCUCCAGAAGUUUGCACUGUUCCCCAUUGACUGGAUUCAGGAUGAGCGAGUGCUGGAAGAGGCCACUCAGAAAGUGGCUCUUCUUUAUCAGUCUUUCAGGGGCUUACCAGCCCCAGAGGCAGAGAUGUUGUACAUGCAGGAGGUUGAGAAAAUGGAGGGCUAUGGCCAAGAAACCUUUCAAGCCAAGGACAGUACAGGUACAGAUGUUACCCUGGGAUCCUCCCUCGAUGGCAUCUUUGUCAAGCACAAAAGCGAGCGUCCACUUCUUCUAUUUAGGUGGCAUGAAAUUAACAACAUGAGUCACAACAAGUCUUUCUUUGCCCUGGAGCUAGCCAACAGAGAAGAGAGUGUUCAGUUUCAGACCGAAGACAUGGAAACCUCCAAAUAUGUGUGCCGGAUGUGUCUGGCCAGACUCAAGUUUUAUAAGAUUAACAUGAGCAGCAUAGAGGAGUGUGACCCCCUGCCUUCUGAGGGCUCCCAGAAGUCCCUUCUCUUUCUAUCCUUUCCUCGUUUUCCAAUGCUUUCGCGUCCCUCUCUGCCUUCUAAUAAGGGCCAAACCCAGCCCACGGUUGUUAACCCAGUCAGGCGGAGAUCCUCUACGAGAAUAUCUCUGCCAAAGCCACAGACCUACAUGAUUCCCCCUCCACAAAUGCACUACAAUGGCCAUUUCACAGAGCCUUACACAUCAUCACAGGACAACCUGUACAUGAACAGUCAGAAUGGUUUUUACUACCACUCUCAGACCAGUCUGGACUGCUCUCCUCUAGAAUACAGCAGCGGAGGACGUUUACGUAAUGGCAGUGUGUACAGUGCCCACAGUACUAGCUCCCUAACCAAUCCCCAGCACUACCUUCAGCCCUCACCCAUGUCUUCCAACCCCUCUAUUACAAGUGACAUCACCAGACCAGACUAUGUCCCCUCUCACCGGCACAGCGCUCUCAUCCCACCUUCCUAUCGCGCCACUCCUGAUUAUGAGACAGUGAUGCGUCAGAAGAACCGAGGUGCAGGGGGAGGAAUGGUUUUGUCUCAAGAGCACAGGCAGAGCCACUCUAUGAGGAACCUAAAUAUUGGAAACUCCUAUGCCUACAGUAGACCAGACCCUCUAGUUUACAGCCAGCCAGAAAUCAGGGGGGAGCAUGGCGGGAUAGCCCAGCACCACCACUAUCCCUUGCAUUUGGGUUCCAGCUUCCACAGCCCUUCUCCAUACCCCUACCCUACAGAGAGAAGGUCUGUUGUGGGGGCAGUCAGUGUCCCAGAGCUCACAAAUGUCCAGUUACAACAGGCACAAGAGUAUCCCGCCCCCAACAUCAUGAAGACGCAUGUGUACAGAUCGCCUCCACCCUACCCAUAUGCUCAUCCUAGACCAGCUAACAGCACACCUGAUCUGUCACGUCACCUCUAUGUCAGCAGCAGCAAUCCAGACCUGAUCAUAACAAGGCGUGUGCACCACUCAGUCCAGACCUUUCAAGAGGACAGUCUGCCUGUUGCGCACUCCUUGCAAGAAGUCUCAGAGCCUCUCUUUAGUGGACCACCACAAAGACAGCAGUACCAUGCUCAGAAACGUAACUCCAUUGAGAUUGCUGGGUUGGCACAUAGUUUUGAGGGAAUAAGGGUCAAAGAGCGCACCGUGUCUUCUUCAGCAGCUGAAACAGCCACACCCCCUCCAGUCCUACAUGGCGGGCGCUCUCAGGGAUCCCAGCUGAAUGUGUUUUUGGAACGUACAAAGACAGGGGACAUUGAAGACAUUAAAGAGGAUGUGCAGUAUGGACACAAAAAGUCCCUUUCAGACGCCACCAUGCUAGUUCACAGUAGUGGUGAAGAAGAGGACUUUGAGGAUGACAGUGGACGUCACACUCCACUUUCUCGGGACGCAUUUGUUCCCGAGCAGCCACCACAGCAGCAUCACAGCCUGACAUCUCUUACUUCUCUGACACAUCAGCAGCAGACUCCUAUAGAGCCUCCUCCUGCAUAUCCCAUGCGCUCUUCCCUCGACCCCUCUAUAACCAGCACCUUGGCCUAUAAGGUUCAUCCCCUGAUCCAAGAAGAUGAGCCACCAUACUGUACUGUAGAGUUACGACAGCCCAGGAUUAUGCCUUCGGUUUCAGAGGGAGACCUGAGUGGCCAGAGUAAGCAGAGGCCUAAGAAAGACUUCAAGACGAGGCCUGUGUCUGAUGUCUCUCCAGGGAAGAAAGCAAUAGAAGGUUUACCCCCGCCGGGCAUGAAGAAAAGGGAUAGAUCAGAGGUGAAGAAGAUGGGCCCUCUGAAGGUGGCCCACCUCAACGGCUUGUCCAUAUCCAGGCCGCCAGUGCACAGCGAGGUUAAGGAUGAGCCUGAACAAGCCUCUGAUGAUGAUAGGUGUAAAAUGCUGGAGCAGCACAUGGAGAGGGGUGAGCUGUUAAAGGAGUACGAGAGCAUCCCAAAACGUCUAAGAGAGGAGUGCACAAUUGCCCAGCUGCCGGAGAGCAGAGAGAGGAACCGCUUCCAUGACGUCCUGCCUUAUGACGACACCCGAGUGGAGCUGGUUCCCACUAAAGAGAACAACACAGGCUACAUUAAUGCAUCACAUAUUAGAAUGACAGUAUGUGGACAGGAGUGGAAUUACAUUGCCUCACAGGGUCCCAUGUCGCACACGUGUCAGGACUUCUGGCAGAUGGUGUGGGAACAGGGUGUCUCCAUCAUUGCCAUGGUCACUGCCGAAGAGGAGAGCGGUCGAGAAAAGAGCUACAGGUACUGGCCCCGACUUGGCUCACGGCACAACACAGUGACGUACGGGCGCUUCAAGAUCACCACGAGGUUCCGCACAGAGUCUGGCUGCUACGCCACCACUGGGCUCAAGAUCAAACACCUCUUGACGCAACAAGAGAGGACUGUCUGGCACCUGCAGUAUACAGACUGGCCUGACCACGGCUGUCCUGAGGACUUAAAAGGCUUCCUCACCUACUUGGAGGAAAUCCAGUCUGUAAGAAGACACACAAAUAGCAUCAGUGACCCAAAGAACUCUAACCAGCCUGUGCUGGUGCACUGCAGCGCUGGAGUGGGUCGGACUGGAGUGGUCAUCCUGUCUGAGAUCAUGAUAGCUUGUCUAGAGCACAACGAGGCACUGACGGUUUCCAGAUACCUGGAGGAGCUGCGCAAUCAGAGGAUGUUGAUGGUUCAGACCUUGUCCCAGUACACCUUCGUUUAUAAGGUCAUCAUCCAUUACAUCCGCAACUCCAGGCUAAUCUGAUCACGGGAAACCAGCACAAAUCAUUGCAGUGGAUUUUGCGCCACAGUUAUGCCAAACUGCAGUGCAGUGAUGCAGAUGUUUGAAUCUCUUCAGGAAUGUAGCAGCCUACAUUUGGACUCUGUUCUGGCUACGUAUUAGAUCAGGCAAGCCUGGAGGUAUCGAUUGUUGAGAUAUGCAAGACGCUGUGCCACAUGAAGGAGCACAAAGACUUAUGACCUGUCUCGAAACAGUAUUAUAUAUUAUUUCUUACAUAUAUUGCUACUUUAUAAAGCCCAGCACUUUCAGAGUACCAUACUGUAGAUAAAGAACCAAUAUUAAGCUGCAUUAAAAUUAUACAUAUAUAUCAAAGAUAAUUGAUUUUUAACUUGACUAAGAACACUUUUGUCAGUAUGUUUUGAAUGGCUGUUGCUUUAUUAAUACCGAUAAAGAAUCUUUUUUUUUUAAGUUUGGAAAAGCUUGGAAAAAUAUGUUUGAUAUGAAGUCCUCAAUCAAAUCAUUCAUCAUAUUUAAAAACUUUAUUUAGUGACCUCUGCUGGUGCAGAUACAGAAUGAUGCUAAUUCAUACCAUAAACCAUACCAUAUGGAUGUGUUUUUUUUUUUUUUUUUUUGUGUAGCAGCUUAAUUGUCUUCAUUAGGAAUAGUAUUUUUAAAAACUGCCAUACCCACCCCAGCAUUUGUUUACUGAAACAAUACACCUGCUGACAGAGGCGUGGGACAUGACGGAUCGGGUUUUUGUAAAACACUGGACUGAUUGAAGUAGAAAGUCACUGCACGGGUUUUACAAGCAUAUACGUGCUUAAAAUGUGCUGGGUUUAGAGUAGAACUGGAAAAUAGGUUUUAUACAUUUAUACAUCUUUUUAUCUUAUACUGAAAAUGAAGCAUUUAAGUUUCUGCACUGUAGCACAGGGCUCUGUAGUUUGGUAAAAUAUGAAGGAGUGCAGUGAUGGUUUCAGAAGCACAAGGAUUGAAAACAAUAAAUUCACCUUGUUCCUGAUGUCACAACAGCUGCUCUUUUGUUUCAAUAAAGUGCAUAAAGCUUAAAAGAUGCCGCAGUAUAACACUAACAGAAUGUGUGCAGUGUGUUUUGCAUUACCUCUGCUGGCUGUGGUGCUCAAAUUAAAUAGGAAGUACAAACUUGUAUGGCAAGGGUAUCUAGUUUCAGUAUUCUGUCUGCCAUACUUGUCAUAGCCGAGUCCAGUGAGUUGGAGUAAUCGACACUUGCUGCUUUAAGAAAUGGCCGCCUGACUAUUAAUGAACACUUGCACGGUCCUCUCAAACUGGAGUUUGGUUUAGUUGUCACUGCCACACAUUUAAAUUGCAUCCAGACCCAUUGUCUCUGUGCAGAAAUGAUGUUGAUUUCAGUUGAAGGUGCCAAAGUGAUACUACUUUUACUGACCUUGUUUUUGCAUCAAAGGAACAUGAGACACAUGGAGGGAAAAAAUAUAGUUGCUGAGAUUUCUUUUAAGUGGAACUUUUUGGAGACCCGUGAUUUCCUUCAGAUUGCUUGGUUUUGGUAGAACGACAGUCUUAGUUUGGAGACUGAAAAAGAUGAUGUAAACAUUUUGUCCAUGUACAGGUAUGUUGUUCAUAAUGUACACAAUGUAAAAGUCUACUUUGAUAAAUGUUGAUUGUUGUACAAAUUGUGUAUAAAUGUAUCUUAUUGAACUGGACAAAAAAAAAAAAAAAAUGUGUA